AUGCUGCACAUGAGGGCAAGGAGAACACAUGAAAAGCAUUGGUUAAACCAGGGACUAUCUGGGAUUCGACCUGAGGUUGCUGCUGAGGCUGCUGGUUGUGAAGAUUUGGAGCGAGAUUCUGAGGGAAAAGAGAGUACUGAGGAAUACGAUCGGCCAUAUCCAAGGGACCACGAUGGGCGGGGAAGGCCAAGAGAUGUCGAGAACGGGGACAACAGCGACCUGCACCCGAGGACGAACAGGGAGAACACUGUUGAGGAUGGGGAGAGCGCCGUCGAGGAUGUUGGUGGGUGGGAGCGAGGAUUGGUCGGGGCUUUCGAAGCUGUGAAGCACAGACCACACGCCAGCCAAGCGGAGUUUGGCUUAUCUGACUCGAAACCUAUAUUUUAUCACUACCGCGGCUUAAUGCCGUUCAAUCUUUCUGCAUAUAUAUUCCUGAAACCCAUACUUCUUGUUCGAUUAAAUGUCGACAAAGCAAUAGUCAAUCGGCGUUUAGCGCGGUACAGCAGGACAAUGUCAAAGCUUGACAUUGUGUUUGGCCACAGUAGUGGCAUUUAA